CGGGCCCGCGCACGCGCCGCGGGCGGAGGUCCGUGAGGAGGCGCGCUGCGCGCCCUGGCGGCGCGGCUGUUCCCUGCUGCCCGCCGUUUGGGAGCAGCGGCCGGAGGGUCCUGGAGCGCGGAGUCCGGGGGCGGCCCUCCAGGGAACUGAGGCAGCCAGGCGGAGGUGCGCGGGUAGAACAGCGGUGGAAGAAGGCUGUCGGGGGCGCGUCCGCCUCCCGUGCCCGGGACCGAAGCGCACGGGGAGGGAGAAGGAAACAGCCGGGGUCUGAGGCCGCGACCGGAAGGACGGCGUGGGAGUCGCGCGGGCUCGCGGCCGGAAGCGCCGCAGGCCGGAGAAUGGGGCCGAGAGCUGCUUGAAGUGGUGACGGUCAGGACGUGUUGGAAAUCUAGUGGAAGGCGCCGGACCACAGGUCAAAGACUUGGGCUGAGGAAGCGCAGGCAGGCGACGGAAAAAAGAAACCCUGUAGUUAGAUAGAUAGAUGAUAGGUGAUAGAUGAUAGAGAUAUUCGUUAGAUAGAUGAUAGGUGAUAGAUAGAUGAUAGAUAGAGAGAUAUUCGUUAGAUAGAUAGAUGAUAGGUGAUAGAUGAUAGAUAGGGAUAUUAGUUAGAUAGAUAGAUGAUAGGUGAUAGAUGAUAGAGAUAUUCGUUAGAUAGAUAGAUGAUAGGUGAUAGAUGAUAGAUAGGGAUAUUAGUUAGAUAGAUAGAUGAUAGGUGAUAGAUGAUAGAGAUAUUCGUUAGAUAGAUAGAUGAUAGGUGAUAGAUGAUAGAUAGGGAUAUUAGUUAGAUAGAUAGAUGAUAGGUGAUAGAUGAUAGAGAGAGAUAUUAGUUAGAUAGAUAGAUGAUAGGUGAUAGAUGAUAGAGAUAUUCGUUAGAUAGAUAGAUGAUAGGUGAUAGAUGAUAGAGAGAGAUAUUCGUUAGAUAGAUAGAUGAUAGGUGAUAGAUGAUAGAGAUAUUCGUUAGAUAGAUAGAUGAUAGGUGAUAGAUGAUAGAGAUAUUCGUUAGAUAGAUAGAUGAUAGGUGAUAGAUGAUAGAGAGAGAUAUUCGUUAGAUAGAUAGAUGAUAGGUGAUAGAUGAUAGAGAUAUUCGUUAGAUAGAUAGAUGAUAGGUGAUAGAUGAUAGAUAGGGAUAUUAGUUAGAUAGAUAGAUGAUAGGUGAUAGAUGAUAGAGAGAGAUAUUCGUUAGAUAGAUAGAUGAUAGGUGAUAGAUGAUAGAGAUAUUCGUUAGAUAGAUAGAUGAUAGGUGAUAGAUGAUAGAGAGAGAUAUUCGUUAGAUAGAUAGAUGAUAGGUGAUAGAUGAUAGAGAUAUUCGUUAGAUAGAUGAUAGGUGAUAGAUGAUAGAGAUAUUCGUUAGAUAGAUAGAUGAUAGGUGAUAGAUGAUAGAGAGAGAUAUUCGUUAGAUAGAUGAUAGGUGAUAGAUGAUAGAGAUAUUCGUUAGAUAGAUAGAUGAUAGGUGAUAGAUGAUAGAUAGGGAUAUUCGUUAGAUAGAUGAUAGGUGAUAGAUAGAUGAUAGAGAUAUUCGUUAGAUAGAUAGAUGAUAGGUGAUAGAUGAUAGAUAGAGAUAUUCGUUAGAUAGAUAGAUGAUAGGUGAUAGAUGAUAGAUAGAGAUAUUCGUUAGAUAGAUGAUAGGUGAUAGAUGAUAGAGAUAUUCGUUAGAUAGAUAGAUGAUAGGUGAUAGAUGAUAGAUAGGGAUAUUAGUUAGAUAGAUGAUAGGUGAGAGAUAGAUGAUAGAUAGAGAGAUAUUCGUUUGAUAGAUGAUAGGUGAUAGAUGAUAGAGAGAGAUAUUCGUUAGAUAGAUAGGUGAUAGGUGAUAGAUAGAUGACAGAGAGAGAGAGCUAUUCGGACUCCUGAAAGCCCCCACGUGAGAGAGGCCCGCGGCGGUAGCCGGGGGACUUUCCGAACCCGGCGGGAGCAAAGCCCGGCGCUGGGCGCCCAGGCAGCAUGCAGCGGGAGGCUUCGAGAUGUGGCGGUUCUUGGUUCUGAAGGCGACGUGCCACCUCUCCUGAGCCCGCAGAUGGAGGCUGAGGCAGAGCGCUGUCCUCUGGGUGUGUUUACGUGCCAGCUCUGUGCCCUGACAGCUCCGUACAGCUAUGUGGGGCAGAAGCCCCCUGACACCCACUCUGUCAUCCUCCUGGAGGAGAGUUACAUCAUGAAGGACCCGUUCACCUCGGACAAGGACAGGUUCCUGGUCCUUGGCUCAAAGUGCAGUUUGUGCAGCCGGCUGGUGUGCGUGGGCCCGGUGAUGACCGCGUUCUUGGAGGUGGCUGGCCAGCCCCUGGGCCCUGCUCUCCCUCGUGCUGUUCUGGCCCUGGCCAGCCCCUGCCAACAUGGCCCCCCAGCUGCCCCUGCCUAGCACCCUCCCCUCCCCGCCGCCGCCCUGUACGGGGUGAAGGACUGGCCUCUGGGAGAAGCUGCACCCCCUGCUCUGUGGUACUUAGCCCCCAUCCUUCCCCCAUCCUCUUUCAGGAAUGCAGUUUAUUCUAUUCCAAGAGGUUUUGCCUCCCCUGUGUCCAGGAAAACAUGGAUGCCUUCCCUCAGGAAAUCCGGCAAGACUUGGAGAAAAGGAAAGCUCCAUCAAAGAGGCCGGCCAGCCAGCCUGGCUCUCGGACAUGAGUGCAGCUGGGUGCCAGGUUGGCAUUAGCACCUAGCACAGAGCUUCUGGGCUGGCAGGGUCCCUGCAGCCUGGGUCAGGGAUGGGGCUGAGUUGGGAACUAUCGUACCCUGCCUUGUUCCGGGGCAGGCAGGAGCAGCGUGUGCAGCUGGAGCGAGCUGGGGCCCAGCCUGCAGCAGGAAGGUGAUCGGGAGUCGGGCAGAGAAGGCACUCAAAAGGCAGGCCUUGGACCAGAUAUCCUGCAGACCUAACCGUGUCCAGAGCCCCCUUGAUGCUGAGACUGCAGGGCAAGAACUGAGAAAUGGCUCAGAACUGGCACAAAGGGAAGUCGAGGUUGGGCCUGCUGGCCCUUCUGCUCUCCUCCUGGACCUGGGGCUCUAGGCCUUCCCGCAGGGUCAUCCCCUGGCUCCUGCUUACACACGGCUGGACCUGGAAGGCCCUUGUGCCCUUCGCAUGAUUCAUCAGAUCCAGGAGUGCCUCCAGGUGACAUGCUACUCUGCCUGGCCCUGAGGACACAGGAGCGAAGGGACAAAGCCCACUGUCCUGGUCUAGUGUGAGGAGGCCCUCUGGUCAUGCUGGGUGGUCAUGCUGUCCGUGCUUAUGCGGAGGCAGGAUGGCUGGGGUGGGGACUCCUGUCUUCCCCAUCCUGGGGAGUGAGUGUUCAUGCGGUGAAGAUGUCACUCUUUGGGACGGUUCACAGGGAGGUGACCUGUGGGAAGGUGCCUGAGGUGUGUGGGGAGCUGCAGGCGUGAUUGGGGGUCUGGGGGCAGUGGAAUUUUAUUUCACAUCCUCGUGCUUGGAAAACGUUUUAAAUCUUGGCCAUGUGUUAGGUCCAUAAUUAAAUACCCAAAGAACUGGUUAA